CUGAAUUAUAAGGUAAGUACCCACCUUUGAAUGAACCAAAUUUUAAUUCGAAUUCAGUGCACUGCCAACUGCGAUCACCUUUAUCACGUCUAGAAAUUAUUAUCUAAAUUUUAUCAAAAACAACUCGGAUCUAUCGAUUAAAGAUUUCCACUCACAUCACAAAAGCAGCAAAAUGUUUUGUUGCAAGAGUACCGCGUCUUUUUCGCUGCCGCAUGAUCCGCAAACUGUUAUUGCGCGGCAAUCACGCGGAGGGAGCAGAAGGAGUGUUGUCAGUACACAACCAAAAGCGAAAUCUGAGAAUGCUGAUGGUGAAACCAAGGGAAAAGAUGAUGAUGAUAGCAAAACUACAUCAAAAUCAGAAGAAGAUAAUAGUACAACGGAUGGAAAUCCAGCGCGGAGGAGCUCCAGUGAUUGCAGUGGAGAAUACGUUCAAGCGAAACAAGAUGGACGUCGAGGACGUAUUGGUUUACGUGCCCAACCAGUUGAUACAACUAUCGAGAUACCCAAACAUCCAAAAUCACCUCAGGUCGCAGAUAUUAUAAAAAAAGCGAUUCUAGACAACCAGUUCCUCAAUGACUUGAUUCCCAAAGAUAUCAUCGAUAAAGUCGUCUCAGCUAUGGCGCCAAUGGACGUGACACCCUUGCAAAAAAUCAUCAAACAAGGCGAGCACGGAGAAACCUUCUACGUCAACGAAACCGGAUCCUAUCAAGUCAUAGUCAACCAUGAACUGUACACCGAAUUCCACAAAACACGAGUUUUCGGCGAGUUGGCGGUGUUAUACAAUCAGCGAAGGGCCGCAACCGUGCAAGCAACCGCCGCCGGUCGCAUCUGGAUGAUUGACGCGGCUGUAUACAAAGCCAUAAUGAUUAUUGAUGCUCGCCAGCAGGAGGAACUACGUUUGAACUUCCUACGAAACGUGAAAAUACUAAGCAACUGUUCACUUGAUAAACUCAGACAGAUUACGAAGCUGCUUAAGCCUAACUUUUACCCGACCAAUACCGUAAUUGUCAAACAAGGCGAUGUGGGUGAUAAAUUCUUCCUCAUCAAAGCCGGAAAAGUCACAGUUACAAAAGACAACAUUCAGGUUGCUAAUUUGAAAGAAAGCGAUUACUUCGGAGAGAAGGCCUUGUUGGGAGAAACAGAUUUACGUCAGGCUACUUGUAUUGCGGUAGCACCCGGUGUAACCUGCUUGGAGUUAUCCCGACAGGAAUUCCGUGAUUACCUUGGAGACUUUGAAGAAUUCAUGCAUGAAACAACAGCCGCACCACAAAGGGCAAUUGAACCACGUAGAUCUUCCGCUCAGGAUGAUGAAGAAUACCCACAUCUUGACCAACUUACCAAGGAGACCAUCAUUGGUGAAGGUGGCUUUGGUCGAGUGUUGCUAACAAAAGAAACCAAUGGUUCCCGGUAUUUCGCGUUGAAAAUGUUGGGGAAAUUCGAUAACAACUCGCCGGAACAAAAGCAACAUGUGAUCAACGAGAAGAACAUUCAGAAAAACUGCCGGAAGUGCAAUUUUGUUGUACGGUUGUAUACCACGUUUACAGAUGAUAGAUAUUUGUACUUCCUGAUGGAGCCAUGUAUGGGUGGUGAUCUAUUUGCGCACAUGCAACGCCAGGACAAGCGUUGUUUCGAUGAAGAUGGCGCUCGGUUCAUUUCCGGUUGUAUUUUGGAAGCGUUGGCGUUUUUACAUGAGCGGAAUUAUAUCUACCGCGAUUUAAAACCGGAAAAUAUGCUGAUUGAUUACUAUGGGUAUAUUAAACUGGCUGAUUUUGGGUUUGCGAAAGCGAUUGAUCCGUCUAGGCUCACGUUUACGUUUGCGGGUACACCGGAAUAUGUAGCACCGGAAGUUAUUUAUAGCAAAGGUCAUAAUCGAGGUGUGGAUUAUUGGGCGUUUGGGAUUUUUAUUUUUGAGCUGUUGGCAGGAAAAACUCCGUUUAAGAGUAAUGAUCCUUCGUAUAUGGCCACGUAUGGAUUGAUUAUGAAGGGCAUGGAUAAUAUUAUGUUUCCGAAGCAGAUUGGUAAACAAGCAUCUAAUUUGAUAAAAAGAUUGUGUAGACUUACCCCGCAUGAACGGCUUGGAUGCCAGAAAGGAGGUGUUGAUGACAUUCGCAAACACAAAUGGUAUCAGUCGUUUGAUUGGAAGAAGUUGCAGAGAAGAGAAAUUGAGUCGAAGUUUAAGCCACAAUUGAAAGAUCCGUUUGAUACGCAGUUCUUCGAUGAUUUCGAUGAUGAAUACCCGGAGCCGAAGCGCGAUGAUAGUAAUUGGGAUGAAUUUGUUUCAUAAUGGCGGACUUUCACGUUGUUUGUUUAGAUUUGACCGUUUAUAGUCGUAUUUGCAACAAAAAACAACUCUAAUUUUGUGUAGAGAACUUUUUGUGACCGGUUUUGAUAAAAAUGAACGAUGAUACCCGAGUGUGUCCGAUAUUUAAUACUUGACUUGUAAUAACUUAAAUAUUUGAAAAUAAAACGAGUAUAUCUAACAAAA